CAUAGUGAUGCCUAUGAACACUCACGCUGUUCGAAUUGGCGACCAAAUUAGUACCAGAGUUAUCACUGUUGUGAGCAGAUUUGUGAUCAAGACUGAUACAAAACCUUAGAUUUCGCGUCUACCCAGCAAACCCUAUGGCUAGCCAAUGUGAUAAUGCCAUCUCAAUCGAAUCUUUGUUCUCUGCUUUCAUGAAACUUAGGCCGGAAGCAGUGGAAAAGAUAACCGUGAGGUUAGACAUGGAAAUAACAAGGGCGGUGAAAAAUUGGAGGCAUUUUGCAAGAGAGUUAAAAGUUGCACCAGAAGUUAUAGAAAGUCUGAAGUGGUACGGUACCUUUAGUCCAACCGCGAACGUUUUUGAUAACUUGGAGUUUACAAAACCAGACCUUACAAUUUCGACGUUGAAGGAGGUUUUCACAAAUAUCGGAAGGAACGAUUUGAAACAACUGCUGGAUCGAGUUUUUAAAGCAGAAGACGACGGGGAGAAAGUAACAACUGUCUUAGAUAAAGUCCCCUUGACUGAUAUCGCACUGGGACUUGACAGAUUUAAAGGACCCACGGCAAACUGGGAAGACUUUGCCAUGCACAAAAUGAUUGGUGUAGCCAAAAACAGAGGCGAGGUACACCAGUUUGGAUCACCUCAAUUAGAAGAUCCAACAGCACAGCUUUUCCAGUAUCUGGAGACGAAAAGACGCCGGUUGACACUGGGAGAACUGUACGACGUACUCAGCUCUGAUUCAGUUAAGAGACCUCGCACUGCAAAACGCCUGAUAGAUCCAAAUGUUGAAGAGUCUUCUUGGCGUAGUCGAUUGGUGAAAACGGUUAUAGCACCAGAAUCAGACCUACUCCGGGGGAUAUCUAGUGAUCUUAACAGGAAAGUUCCUGGAACGGGUGACUGGAAAACAGUGGCAUGGAGAUUUAACAUACCAUAUGAAAAUUAUAUUCAAUUUGAAAAUCGUAAAGAAAAACGGAGCCCUACAAGAGAAGUCUUGGACAGAGUUCUUUCUGAUCGACCUCAAAUCGCCAUACUUGAGAUUGUGCAAGCACUAGGAAACAUUGAACGUCAAGAUGUCAUUGAAGUUAUUAAAGAAGAACUAGGUGUGGAAGAUUUGACUCAAGCCAUGAGAAAUCUUAUAAGAGAUAAAGAGGAUGCAGCAGUAAUUUUGCCCGACUCGUCUGUUUCUCCUGGACCGUCUGGGUCAGAUGAACCAUCUGGUUCAACCGCACCUGUAGGGCCGACUUGGUCAAAUGGUCAAGAAAACCAGCCUCAAGUGUUCUUGUCGUAUCAGUGGGAUAUACAGGCUAAAGUCAUAGAGCUAAAAAGAAAACUUGAGCUGAAGGGAUUAACUUGCUGGAUGGAUAGAGAUAGAAUGGGCCCUGGAGACGAAUUGAAAGGGGAGAUUGAACAUGGAAUAUCACAUUGCAAGGUUUUUAUCAGUUGCAUGACAAAGAAAUACUGCACCUCGGAAAUGUGCCAACGUGAAGCCAAUUUAGCCUGCAAUAGGAAGAAGCACAUCAUACCUAUGUUGUUUGAAAAAUUUGAUUCUUGGCCGCCACAUGGCAGCCUUGGUAUGGUCUUUCCCGAUACUCUUUACCUCAGGCUACCAGGUGGCAUCCUCACCAACGAAAAGUUCGAAGAACUUUUGAAGAAAAUUAUGGAGUUUGUUCCACCCCAGAACGAAUAAUGCUUUGCAUUACAAGGAAGACACCAAAGGAAAGAUGUGAUUGAUGACUUUGCUAAUCUGUAGCACUCUACGUCUUUUGGAUUAGUUUUUUUUUUCCAAUAUUUACCUCAUUUGCAACUGCUUUUUUGCCUUCUUUUAAUCAAAGAUAUGAACUUAAAUUUAACCCAAUCUGCAAGAUUUUCAAGCGAUGUUUGCGAGAAAGCGAUAAGUGAUUAAGCAGCGAAAAGACGGCUCUAAAUCCAUGGCAGCUUCGUCGUUCGUCGACCACAUCACGAUCUGUGUAUUUGCCCAUAGAAAUUCUGUCUGCACGUCACGGCGUUUGUUUCCAAGGUUAUAUUUGGAUUGGAGCCUUACGAUUCUUGAGGCCUCCCAAAAAUGUUUUCUUGCGAAAGAACACUUCAGGAUGAAGGACAAAAAUUAGGCCCUGAGUAAACUAACACGUUUUCAUGUCUCUGUUUCCGUAUAGGCGAAAACUUGGCAAGAUAUAUCUGCCCGCACCAACGUUUUCGCAGCAUCUUCACUAAUCCACAUUAAAACGGUCGAAAAUGUUAAAAUAGGAUGGACCUGGAAUUCCGCAUACGUAAGAGCAGUUACAUCCGUUAAUUUUUUUCAUCACCCUUUUUAAAAGCCUUCGUUUUCACUCGCCCACACCAAAACGGAGGGUUUUAAAAACGAUGCAUAUUCAAAAGAUUCCACACAAGUAACCGUUUUCGAGAGUUUUUUUUCUCAUCAACGUUUUGGGGCGUUUUGAUAUGGAUGACCGUAGAAAACGAAACAAAAAGGUUGCGUUUUCAAACGAAAACGCAGUAGUUUGGUAGGAGGCUCAGCUACAAUGACAGUUUUGAGCAGUUUGGGAACCAGAACUAAAGAAUUAAAUCACUUAUCAAGUUUUUCUUACUGUAUAUCACAGAUGGCUUAA